AUGGCAAGUAGUCCGAGCCAGUCGGUUAGGCUCGCUGCAGCUACCACCGACUCACGUUCUGAUGCAGCUGUGGCAAGUGGUGGGCCUUUCGAGGUGGUCCGACGGCAAAGGGGUGAGCGGGAGCACUGGAGAAGACGCCAACCCGUGAGCCCCUCCUCCCAACAUGGCUCCGAGUUCGAUCCUGCAGAAUCUCUAGCCAUGGUCGCUCCCAUCAAUGAGGCUAUGUUCUACAUCCGGACCGAGAGCGCGAGCGAGCAGAGCUGGGGCAUGACCAACGCCGCAAUCAGCAUGCGCAGGGUCGCAAGCGAGGCGCGUCGUCACGUCGAUCAGGACCCCCUGUAUGCCAUCCUCCUGCAAGCCAAGGAUGGAGUGGCUACACUCCUCAACUUACGGGAAGCACCAUUGAGGGCUUCCGUGCAGUGCAGGACAAAAUGUGGGGAAGGGGACCCUGGAGAUCGAAGGAGAACGCCUGGUGCACCGCCGUGUGGGCGGUUGUGUCCCGCCCACCGGCACCAAGCUGGACAUGCAACUGGCCUGAAGGGCGAAGGGCCCGGCCACAAUUUUGAUGGCGAUCUCAGAUCAGCGACCGUGACUGAGAGGGUGUCGCGCCCGGAAUUCCACGGGUGCCUGGCGGCGUACAUCUGCACAACUGAGAAGAUUGAUUCAUGUUCCACAAGCAUCGACGCGUUUGUAGGAAAGUUUCAGAGUUUCCGGCGUUGA